UCCCGACGCGGUGGUGGAAAAGGACUUGUAGUUUUUUGUUUUUUUCAAUGUACUUCAUUGAUUUUUUACAAAGAGGGAGGGAAAGAGCCAGAAACAUUGAUGAGAGAGAAACAUCGAUCAGCUGCCUCCUGCACACUCCCCACAGGGGCUGUGCCGCAACCAAGGUACAUGCCCUUGACCGGAAUCGAACCUGGGACCCUUGAGUCUGCAGGCCGAUGCUCUAUCCGCUGAGCCAAACCGGCCAGGGCAGGACUUGUAGUUUUAAGCCAGCCGAUCGGUUUGUUACCGGCUUAAGCCGUCAUGAAUUCAUUUAUUCUACAUCGUUCUUGUUGGACUAACAAAUGUGUUCGCAUGUGCCACUUUUCAGACAUUGCUGUGUGGCCGAGAGGCGUUUUAUAAAACAACCCCAGUAUGUGCUAUACUAUACGGCCCCCCCCCCCCCCCCCCUUAGCCUCCAUUCUGCCUAACGUAUAUCUAACGUGAAAUUCAGCACCUGUAAAUGUAAGGAGCAGCCUGGGGCUCAAGAGGCCACUGGGGGACUCAGAUGUGUGUCCUGGAGGCUCUGAACAAAAACCAAGGCCCCAACUACCAAGUGUACUUGAAUGCCUUCUCUGUCCCUGCCCUUCCCCUCUGUCUGAUCUAACGUAUAGCCAUUUUCAUUACAUAAUCGUCAUGACAGACCAUGUUUUGUAAUAGGAAUUUCUGUCCGACCGUGGGAUUUUUUUUUUUUUUUAAUCAUCCCAAAUGUACUUUUUUGUGAGUCUGCCUUAUACUGAAAAUAGCUAAAGCUUUUUAACCAAUAAUUUCAUGCUAUUAGUGUAACAUUCGUAUCCUCAUGUAUUAGUGUUAGGCUUCUUCCCACAAUCCUUCGAAGAGGAAGUCACAUGACAGACCUAGGUUCUACUCUGAAAUUUAAGAUAAAAGAAGAAGAAAAAAUGUCUCAAAAGCAGAUGAAGGAAGCUUUUGUUAGUAACCACAAUGGAACCAGCGUGCUGGAAAUUACCCAGGGCUUGUGCUUGCCUGUGGUCUGCAUCCUGUGCAGAGGGCUCCUGAUCAUUCUCUCACAGCACUUGUGGUCUUCACAUACCUGGAGAACUCGAUUCUUCAUUGACUUUGUUUUCCUAAUAGUUCCCAUGGUGACCACUUUGACCAUUUUGUCUUCCUUUGUAUACCUUGAGCACCUCACUGUAAUUAUCUUUGGGGCAGGGCUAUUCUAUCAAAUAUACUGCCGGAGAACUUGCUAUGCCAGAAUGCCUGUCCAGAAAAUACUUGAAAAAUUCUUAAAAAUUAGUCUAGAAUCAGAAUACAUUCCAGCCAUCUCCUGUUUCCGUGUAAUUAACAGUGCCUUUACUGCUGUUGCCAUUUUGGCUGUGGACUUCCCACUUUUCCCCAGAAGAUUAGCCAAAACUGAGCUCUACGGGACAGGAGCAAUGGAUUUUGGAGUAGGAGGCUUUGUGUUUGGAACUGCAAUGGUUUGUCCAGAGAUUAGGAGAAAAUGUAUGGAAGGGUCCAGAUUUGAUCAUUUUACAAAGUCAUUGUACUCUGUUUGGCCAUUAGUCUUCCUAGGAGUAGGACGAUUAAUCAUUAUAAAAUCCAUAGGCUAUCAGGAACAUUUAACUGAGUAUGGAGUUCAUUGGAACUUUUUCUUUACCUUAAUAGUUGUGAAAUUGAUAACAUCACUGCUUUUGAUGUUUUUCCCACCUAAUAAAUCCUGGAUUGUGGCCAUUGGCAUCACUGUAUUAUACCAGCUAGCCCUUGACUUGACCCCAUUGAAAAGGUUAAUUUUGUAUGGCACUGAUGGCAGUGGCACAAGGGUUGGUUUAUUAAAUGCCAACCGAGAAGGAAUAAUGUCUACCUUGGGGUAUGUGGCAAUACACAUGGCUGGUGUGCAAACAGGGUCAUAUGUGCUUAAAAAAAGAUCACAUAUCAAAGACUGGAUAAAAGUAGCGUAUUGUAUUCUACUGUUAGCUAUUAGCCUCUUUGUAUCUCUGUACAUAGUUCAGGUAAAGGUAGAAGCAGCAUCUAGAAGAAUGGCCAAUUUAGCCUUUUGUAUUUGGAUAGUUGCUUCUAGCUUGAUCCUUCUUAGUAGUUUAUUACUGGGUGAUAUACUUUUGAGUUUUGCCAAAUUUCUAAUUCAAGGGGCUCUAGUACCAUGUUCUUGGAAACUUAUCCAGUCUCCUGCUACAGAUAAAAAGCAUUCAGAAUCUCUAGUCUCUGAAGCUGAAAGAAAGAAACCCAGUCUUUGUUUAAUCACAGCUAUAAACAGAAACCAGUUGAUUUUUUUCUUGCUGUCAAAUAUAACAACUGGCCUAAUCAACCUGUUGGUAGAUACAUUGCACAGCAGUACCUUGUGGGCCUUCUUUGUGCUCAAUCUUUAUAUGUUUAUCAACUGUUUAAUUAUAUAUAUGCUACACUUGCAAGAUAAGACUAUAAAAUUUUGGUGAUCAAUAGGGGUUGGAUGUGUGUGUGUGAUGAGGAAUUAAUGAGAAUAGUAAAUGUGAAGAACACGGGCUUUUGGCAGUCUAGUGUUAACUAUAUUUUAUUAUAAAAUUAAGAGUUUCAGUCCUUUUCUAUAACAGUAGUGAGGCUUAAUAUUUUAAUGUAUCUCUACACUAUGUAAAACAAACGAAUGGAGAAGAAACAAGGCCUUAUGGCUUGUUAGAAUGUUAAAUUUCAGUAUUUUAAAGAAACUAUUGUAUUUAUAGUUGUGACACUGGAAGAUUGGAGGAUGGGGAGGAAGUUUUUAAUUUAUCUUUAUCACCUUAUACCAUCUGUAUUUUUUAUUGUAUGUAUUUUAUAAUCCUUACAUUAAAACAGUGUGAAUUGUGGAAUUGUCAA